GUUGGUAUUUUAUAAACUGUGAAGAGAGAGUCCUCUGAAGUCUGAACUCUGAAGUUCUGAACUAUGAAGUUUGGAAUUCCUAUUUGCCAGUCUUUGGCAAUGGUUGCUUAUGUCAGUAUUUUUCACUAAUCUGAAUCCAUUUUGGAAAUUAUGUUUGCUAGAAAAAUGAUUGAUAUUAUAAUUUAAAUCUUAUCAUUAGAUGUUUAAACCAAACUACAUCUCAGACUCAGAGGCCUGAGCUUCAACUCCUAAGUAAUUGUUGCCGACUUGCUGUCAUACCUAAGUCAUAACACAUGUCGAUGUCAUAACUCAUAAUGACCCAUAAAGUAAUGGUUAACCUCCCUGAACCAAGAAGAAUUAAGGCAAAAGAUGUAUUUGGAUCCUUCCUCAUAGAUCAUCAUGCUGCUGACAUCCUACUGCUGAUGAAGUCAUCUUCUGCUUCUACCUUUUAUUCCAUAGAAAUAAAUUUCAUGCCCCUGAUGCAGCAACAUGUGGAGGUGGCUGAAGCACUCCUAUCCAAGCCAGAACGUCUGCUGCCAGUUCUUAGUGAUGCUAUCAUUCAAGUGCAGAAAGAUCUCCUCCUAGUUCUCAAAGCAGCCAAUGACCAUGCUUCUGCUUCACCAGAAAGAACAGCAUUGAUGACUAAGCAUGGUUUGCGUGAUGUUGAUGUUGAGAUCCUGGAUGUGAAAAAAGAUGUUCAUCCAAGACUUGUUGGUGUUCCAUGUCCUGCAGAAACUCGUGUUCCAAGAUCAGCUGAUAUUGGCUCCCUGCUCAGCUUCUCUGGCACGGUGGUGAGGGUAACGGCACCUCGGCUGCUGCGUCACACUCUUCUGUAUACUUGCGACGCUUGUAAACAUCCUGUGGAGGUUAAGGGCGAUCAUGACCAGUACUACGCCGCGAGCAAGCCCCUGCACUGCACCAACCCUCACAUCAACUGUUAUUCCAAAAAUUUCUCAUCUGCCGUAUUGCCUGAUGCUCAACACACGAUUGAUUACCAGGAAGUAAAAUUGCAGGAACCAACGAGCUCUGGUGCAGGAGGUGCGGGCAACAGCCUCCCCCAGAGCGUGUGGGUGACGCUCCACUACGACUUAGUCGAUUCCUGCAAGCCUGGGGAUGAUGUCUUGGUGUGCGGGACUGUGGUGAGGCGUUGGCGGCCCGUGGCGCGCGACGCGCGACCCUCCGUCGAGGUCGUCAUCAAAGCCAACAACGUCACCGUGCGGAACAAACAUGAAGGCAACGCGGCAAUCAAGCCCGAGCAAGAGGCAGAAUUUCAGGAAUUCUGGAGCCGUUACAAGCACAAGCCUCUCUGCGGCCGAGACGUGCUGCUUGCCUCCGUCUGUCCCCAGAUCUACGGGCUGUACCUGGUAAAGCUUGCGGUAGCGGUGGUGCUGUGUGGUGGGGUGCAACGUGUGUGUGGCGGCGGAGGCAACCGCGUCAGAGGGGAGCCUCAUCUGCUGCUUGUCGGAGAUCCUGGCACCGGCAAAUCUCAGCUGCUGUCGUGGGCGUGUAGCGCCGGCAGUCGUUCGGUCUUCACGACGGGCGUGGGCAGUUCGGCUGCAGGGCUCACGGUGGCCGCCGUCAAGGAGCCUGGGGGCGACUGGGGACUUGAGGCAGGAGCCUUGGUGCUGGCAGAUGGGGGCUUGUGCUGCAUAGACGAGUUCAGCAGCGUGCGGGAGGCCGACCGCGCCGCUAUUCACGAGGCCAUGGAGCAGCAGACCAUCAGUGUUGCCAAGGCGGGGAUGGUGUGCAAGCUGAACACUCGAUGCAGCGUCGUUGCAGCGACCAAUCCCAAGGGACGCUAUGAUCUCUCUGUGCCCCUGAACCUGAACGUAGGCGUGGCGUCUCCAUUACUCUCGCGGUUUGACCUCAUCCUUGUUCUCUUGGAUACCGAGAAUGCAAACUGGGACAAGUUGGUGUCGAGCUACAUUCUAUCUGAGGGAGCGCUGGGACGCUUCCCUGCAGACGCUGUCGUUAGUAGUGGCUUGUGGAGCCUCGACAAAAUGCGCACGUAUUUCCGGUAUGUGAGGAAACUUCAGCCUAAACUUUCCGCAGCCGCUGACGAGAUUCUCAGCCACUUCUACCAGCUCCAGAGGAGGAGCGCCGGGCGCGAUCAGUCAAGAACCACCAUCAGAUUAUUGGAAUCGCUCGUUCGACUAAGCCAAGGCCACGCCAGACUUAUGCUGCGUGACACGGUCACUACCGAGGACGCCGUAGUGGCUGUGGGUCUCUGGGAGGCCGCCGCCGCCACACCUGCUGCCCUGUACGCGGUCUUCGGCGACCAGCAGCCACGCAAUCCAACAUCCACUCUUCACUCCGGUUUUCCUCUAGAGCCAAUUAUGCACUACAGAGAGCAAGCAAAAUCUUUAUUGCUUCGGUUGGGAUUAGAAGAAGUUUGGCAUGAAGAAUCCAACAGGCUCGACGAAGAGGAUCGCCUUGCAUCAGAAGACGUGCUUGCCGAGAUCCUUAAAGCUGCCGAUGCCCCCGAGAAGCACACGACGAUAACGACGACCGCAGAGUGUCUUCCUGCUGACACGGUUUCUAACACGCAGCGUGGCAGUAACUCCUUCAGCUUGCGGCCAGGACGACACGUUCCCCACUCACAGAACCCCGAAUUCUCUAGCGUGCAAGCCUCUCGCAACUCCGCAUUUAUUGCCUGCGCCACGCAAGACGCUCGGCGCAGAGAUGUCAUCGAGGAACUGGAAGACGUUCCUUUGUUUUCAACCGCUCUAGUGACGAAUAAAAAACCCUCGGCACGACAAAAAACAAAGAAGAAAGUUAAAAGAAAGCAAAAGAGCCCUAGUGAAAGUAUCAGCAAAUGUUUUACGAAGCUCAAAACGUCGCGUACCAGAAAACAACGACAGGAACGUUCCGAGGAGAAAAUGUGCAUCGAAAUCUCGUCAGCGAGCUCCAAUCAUGCCAGUUCAACAGAAUCCGACUCAGAAAUUGAUAUUCCAUGCGUCGGUGAUGACUCUCUUUUUGGCGUUGAAAGUGCUAAGAGCGAACUGCACAAAAACUCUGAAAGUAUCGCAGAUGCCCGCAAAAGUGCUGGAAGUGUGAAUAACGUUGAAGAGAUAGGAAACGUUGCACCUAACGUAUGUGGCGGGAAGAAAGAUAAUGCAGUUAUUUCUAAUGGUUCUUUAGUUGAGCCUAACACAUUGAGUAAUGAAAUAUCAUCCAAGAGAAAACAAUCAGAGGAAUCACCAUUUUGUGUCAAUUCAAAUUUCAAAAAAUCCCGGCAGGUAAGAGGGAAAAAGGUUUCUUUGUCUAAAGAAAACUUUAAUAAUAGAACAAUCGAAGAUAGCAAUGGAUGGACUCCUAAUGAUCGAAAAACAACGCAUUGCACCAUCCGUCCCGAAUAUGAACACCGUGUGACUGUACCCGGGGGCGUUCCUGGGGAUAAUUCCUCUGGUAAUAGUAACUUUAUGAAAACAAAAGCAUCGGACGUUAAAAGCGAUGAAAAAUUUGCCGCGAGGGACGAUCGCAAAAUCAUAGCCCAGGAAACUUGUGAUAUAAGGUUGACUGCCAGCCCCGAUGUCGUACAAGGAAUAAGCAAUGAUUCUCUUCACCUGUGCGACAGAGAACCACAAAACACGAAACCAGUGAAUCUCGAUAGAUCGACAAGCUUAGAUUCAGUCAGUUUAUCUCAGAAAGCUCGUUCGUUUCUCCGCAAAUUCUCUUUCUCUCAUAAAGUCAAAUGUAGCGGCAUAGGAUCAACUUUGGUUACCAUUGCCGCAGCUGCUGCAGAUAAGAAUAUCACACCUGAAGCUAAUCCUAUCAGCGAAGAGGUUACCAAGAAAAAAAUGCCUGCAGUAGGUGGGGGUCAGAUAAGUGCGGGUCCCGGGCGCAGUGUUGAAAUGGACCACUCAACUCCAGAUUUCGAGGUGUCCUCUGACUCUGACAUGAAAUCUUCCAGCUGUGGAGACGCUGGGGAGGAGAAUGCUACUCACACUUCCAGACAAAAACUUCGCUGCAAGCUUGUCGCUGUGUCGCGCAGUUCAGCGUCAUCGAAUUCGAUUUCUGCCAAGCUUAAACGAUUCGCUUUCAUUCCAAAGGAUCUAGUAGAUGAUCCAGUAAAUAGUUUGCCUUGUGAUCAAGCUACUGAGAAACUUGAACUAAUAAAAUCCUCUAGUCCUUGCGCUAAAAAACUUGUGGAGAAGAGUAAGGUUGAGGAUGUGAAGAUUACUGCCGGCUUUUCUAGGUGCAAGUCCUUCAAUAAAUUCGCCAGUUCUCAAGAUUUGGAUGAUGACUUCAAUUUUUGAGUUUUUCCUGUCGAAAAUCGGUCGACCUUAUUCACUUAUUCACGUCAGUAGCUUUAAUUUCGUUAUUCGAUAUUCACGUCAGGAGCUUUAAUUUCGUCUAAAAUUUAUUUCAAUUAUUCUAAAUUAUAGUUGUUUAUUUAUUUUAAUAAUUUAUAGAAGGCCAUUAUAGUCGAUGCUCUCAUUUUGCUGAUGCUCUCAAUCCUAUUGAUGAUCUCACGAAAUUGAAUUUUUGUAGGUUUUCAAAUAUUAUAAAAGUUUUUGCCAGGUCUGGAGGGAGGCUCGCUCCAACUUGCUUGGGGAGGAGCAUCAGAUGUAUCACCCGUUUGAUUAAUAUAUGGUGGUGGUAUGGAGUGCGGAUCCUAUGAAAAUUUCGCAUCAAUGUAUAAAUUGCAAAUUGAUCGGUACUUAGCCUGGUAGUCCCCCAUGAAAACGUUUAAUAAAUGGAACUUCUGUAA